CAGUCAAUGUGUAGAACGACUGGGUUGCCUUAAUUUUGUAUUAAUUUAUACUACACUUAAAACCAAAGAGAGAAAUGGCAGAAUUAUCUUUUGUGAUUUCCAUAGCAGUUAUGACCAUCUUUUGGGGCUUAGUUGGUGGGGUCGUACCGUGGUUCAUUCCCAAAGGACCAAAUAGAGGGGUCAUUGUCACCAUGCUGGUACUAACUGCAGUUUGCUGUUACCUUUUCUGGCUCAUCGCCAUUCUUGCACAGUUGAAUCCUUUAUUUGGACCGGCACUGAGUAACGACACUAUAUGGUACCUUCGUUAUCACUGGCCAUAGACUGGAGUCUUUCCUCAUCAGAACUGGAUUCUCUGUACAUUGCCAAAUGAAGUCCUUCAUUCGCCUCUUCACAAAGGGAAUUCCUCCUCCAACCUGAAGCCUUAACCACAGUUUUGUGAUUCAUGAAGUAAAGCAAAAUCAUAUGCCUGUCACCGUAGUUUAAAGUUGUGUAGAUAAAUGAAACCUUUUGUGAUGGAAAUUGUAAGUAAUGUGUUACUUUGACGCUUGUAUUUUGUCUCCAUUGUGUUUGUGUCGUUGAGUGGUACGUUACGUCAACAACAUUUUCAAAGUCCUCAGACAAAUUAACUCAUUACUAAUGGUUGCUGUUUGCUUUUCAAUGCAUUGUAUUUAUGUGAUGAAGUGCCUGCAUUAAAAUUUUGGAUAAGGAAAUUGUAUUUAUUC